AUGGACCAGAACCUGACCGAACUGCAGAAACGGACGCACCCAGUGGGUGGCAUAUCUCUCCCUCUCUCCUCUGUUCUUGUUAAUUCUCCUCAAAAGGUUGAUUCUCUGGAGGGUCUCAAGCCCGCGAUCCUCGACUUCACCGCUUGGAAGCCGCGGGUGGAUCAAGCCGUCACAAAUCUGCAAUCAGAGCUCGGGGAUUUGCGUUCGUCCAUCGACAAGUUGGCGCAGGCGGCCACGGCAACAUCGGGCGUGCAGGAGCCGCCUCCAUCGCUUGGUUCUGCACGGAUCUCAACGCUUGCCGGGGAUUCGGGAGCCACGGCUCGGCUCGGGCCAAUCGGCCACCAUUCUGCAUCGAUUCCACGGGGUUUGGCUUUUGGGGAAUUUUCCCCAUCGCCGACUCCGGACAAGGGUACGUCCGAUUUUCCCACCGAUCCUGUUUCAUCUGAAUUCCGCUCGGCAUAUGCUUCUACAGGCACUAACUCGCGUCUGGAAUUUCCCCCCUUCGAUGGCGAGAAUCCGGUGAACUGGCGCCUCAAGAGCGAGGCCUAUUUUCGUGCCUGCGGAGUCCACCGGGAGCUGUGGAUUGAUACAGCAGUGGUAUAUUUCUCGGGUGCCGCUGAGCUGUGGUUGCAAUGGUCACAAGCUCAUCUCCGUGCCAGGACUUGGGAUCAGUUUGUGGAGGCGAUUCAAGAGAAAUUUGGCAGACAAGAGUUUCAACAACACGUCCGUCAGUUCUCCAGGCUUCGACAGACAGGUACUGUGUUAGAGUACGCUGAACAAUUCAAUGCUGCUAUGCACCGUCUGCGUGCUCAUCACGCAUCUUGGGAUCCAUUGUAUUUUGUUACUCAAUUUGUGGAUGGCCUGCUCGCGCCGAUCAAAGUGGUGGUGAUGCUCCAUCGUCCGCCCGACUUGGACACCGCAGUCUCUCUUGCUGUGUUGCAGGAAGAGGCUCUCACACUGGGGCGUAACGAAGUGGAGUCUCCAGUGCCGGUGGUACCGGUUCGUCAGGAGUUUCCUUCGUUGCCUCGUUCGGUUCCCCGAACAGCGCUUCCCCUACCUCCACCACCAGGCUUUCCUCGUGCACAGUGUCCACCACCUCCGGCAGCACCACCAGAUGAUCGCCGUGCUUCUGGUCUAUCUCGCGACACUCGUUCGAGUUAUGGUGCGGAGGAGAAGCUGAAGACCAUGAGGGCUUACCGUCGGGCUCGGGGUCUCUGCUUUGUCUGUGGGGAGAAGUGGCAACCGGGUCAUGUCUGCUCAGCAACCGUACAACUUCAUGUCGUUCAAGAGUUGCUCGAUCUGUUGCAUUUACAGGAAUCUGAGUCUGGCACAGUGGAGGAUCAUAGUGAAUUGUGUGUCAUUUCUUUGGCGGCGGUCAGUGGGGCUGUUAAAUCGAAUACAGUUCGUUUGAGGGGCAUGAUAAGACAACAAGAAGUGUUGAUGCUCGUCGAUUCUGGGAGUUCCCAUAGUUUCUUAAGCUCUACUUUGGCAGCACAAUGGCUUGGCAUUCAGGCGGUGCCUUGCCCUCUGAAGGUUCAGAUUGCGAAUGGUGGGAUCAUGCCUUGUACACACCAAGUGUCAGAUUGUCAAUGGUGGACAGAGGGUUGUGAUUUUCAAACUACUUUCAAGCUUUUACCCUUGGGUUGUUACGAUGUCAUUUUGGGCAUGGAUUGGUUAGAGGAGUACAAUCCACAGAUUGACUGGGUGUCUAAGUCCUUGCAGUUAUUCUAUCAUGGUAGUACAGUGAGGUUGCACGGUGUUUUGCCUCAAAUUGCUCAAUGUCGUAGUAUUACUCUGCAUCAGAUUCAGGCACUGGACAAGAGGCAUGCAAUUUGUCAUGUUGUGCAUUUAUCGGAGGUGCGUGAUCGACCACCAGAGAGCCCGAUUCCUCCACCAGUGGGUGCUUUGUUACACGAAUUUGAGCAUGUGUUUGAGGAGCCGCACGGGUUGCCGCCUCACCGGGAUUUCGAUCACUCAAUUCUCCUGCUUCCGGGCGCCAAACCUGUGAAUAUUCGCCCCUACCGUUACAACCCUACUCAGAAAAAUGAAAUUGAACGGCAAGUCCAGGACAUGUUAACUCAAGGUAUCAUCCAGCCCAGCUCCAGCCCUUUCGCCUCGCCGGUGUUACUUGUACAGAAAAAAGACGGCGAGUGGCGUUUUUGCAUUGAUUACAGACACUUGAAUGCAAUCACGGUAAAGAAUCGGUUUCCUCUUCCGGUUAUAGAUGAACUCAUGGAUGAACUCUCGGGCGCGUGCUGGUUCACUAGUCUUGAUUUGCGUGCAGGUUACCAUCAGAUUCGUAUGAAUCCUCUUGAUGAACAUAAAACAGCUUUUCAGACCCAUCAGGGCCACUAUGAGUUCAAAGUGAUGUCCUAUGGCCUGACAGGUGCCCCGGCAACGUUUCAGAAUGCAAUGAAUUCAAUUUUGGCCCCGUUCCUUCGCCGUUUCGUCUUGGUCUUUAUCGAUGACAUAUUGAUUUAUAGCCCAUCUCUCGAAACUCAUGUGCAACAUGUGCGUGCUGUUCUGCAAAUGCUUCAUCAGCAUGAUCUGAAAUUGAAACGGAAAAAGUGUUCAUUUGCUCAACCUGAACUGAAAUAUCUGGGGCAUGUUAUCAGCGCCCAUGGAGUCGCUACUGAUGGCAAGAAUCUUGACUCGGUGCAAUCUUGGCCUACCCCGGAGUGUGUGAAAGAGGUCCGUGGAUUCUUGGGUUUGGCCGGCUACUAUCGUAAAUUUGUUCGCAACUUUGGUGUUCUUAGUCGCCCUCUCACAGAUCUUCUAAAAAAGGGCACUGUUUUCGUUUGGACUGGCACCCAUGAGGCUGCGUUUUGUGCUCUUAAGCAAGCUCUUCUUACAGCUCCAGUUUUGGCACUGCCCAAUUUUUCCAAGACUUUUGUCAUUGAGACGGAUGCGUCGGACAAAGGAAUUGGUGCCGAUCAUCGAAGCCUCGCCCACUUGGAUGAUCAACGCCUAACUACACCGUGGCAGCAGAAAGCCCUGACCAAGCUGUUGGGUCUGCAAUACCGUAUCGAGUACAAGAAGGGUUCUACAAAUCAAGCAGCUGAUGCCCUGUCUCGACGGCUGAGCGUGGUGAGCUGCUGCCUCCUCAUUACUCUUGUCAAGACGGAUUGCUUCGGUUCAAAGAUCGUGUCUGGUUGGGUUCAAACUCUGAAGUACAACAACAACUUCUGA